AUUCAUGAAAACCGCCGAAAAUCGAGAGUAAAAUAACGCAUGUUCCCCAUUGAGAUUGGGCCGCGACCGUCCGGCGGGCGGCGUUGCUGCGUUUUCCCCCGUCAUUCGCGUUCCGGUCGUCGUGCGUUGCGGUCGCCCGUCACACCGUCCCGAGUCCGUCUGCAGUUUGUCCCGUGUCGCGUCCCGCGUGUCCCGUUCACGUUGCCAGUGCGGAUGAUAUGAUUAGUGGCGUUUUGUUGUGAGAUGUGAUUGAGAUUCUUGUGUGCGGCUGCGACUGUCGACCACCUUAAAUAUGACAGACUCGGAAUCCAGCGAUGACAGUUGGGAGAAAUUCUUCGGCCAGUCCACGGAGCUGAUGCCCAGUAUUAUGGGCGCAUUCGAUGCUAUAAUCGGCUCGAAAUCGGACAAAGAAUGUGGUGACGACCUGAAGAGGGGCAGCCCCAAGCGCACGUACCAGGCCAGCAAUUUCGCCUUCCUGUCGCCCGGCGUGCAGAAAAUCUUGUCCCACGUGCCCGACCAGGAGAUCAGCAAGCAGUUCAGCUCGGAGGAGACGUUGGGGCCGCGACGUUUCGGCCCCCACAAGGCGAACUUCCGGUCGCUUCGCUCGCCGGAGAAGAUGCAGAAGAGCAGCGAGAAUCUGGAGGGUAUAUCGCCGAACGUGCAGAAGAUUUUGUCGAAUUUGCAAGACACUGAGUUGGUGCUCAACACGAUUCCCAAAAAGACGGUCAAAAACAGUUCGUAUUUGCACAAGGAACACCUCACCAGGUCCUACAGUGCGGACGUGAAUGAAAACACAAGCAGACAGUACUUGUACACGUCGGACUCGAAAGAUUUCAGCAGUGUUUCAGCCGGACUCAGUGAUAGGUUGAGUGAGGGUGGUGAAAGUGGUGAAGUUAGUGACAAUUACAGUCCGAAACCUUUGGGCAGUUAUCUUCAUUCGCCUCAGGGCAUCGCCUCCAGAACGCCAGUUGGGAGGAAGAACCUGGGGAAAUACUUGCAGGUGCCGAGUGAAAGCAGCGUUGGCACCAUGAGCAGUACCAACUCGUCGGAGGUGUCCAGACCCGUGUCCCUCACAAGUUUGGGCUCGUGCUCGUCCAGCGGCAGCAGCGGCCCCCAACAGCCCGGCUCGACCUAUCUGGCAUCCGCCGAAAGCCUGGACAGCGACAACGAGCACGGAGGUUCAGCAGACAGUGGUAUUGCCGAACAACCAAUAACACCAGAAAUGCGGGUCCUCCAGGAAGUUUUGGACACCGAAUCCGUCUACGUUUCCGACCUCGAUGAGGUCAUACAAGGGUACUUGGAGCCAUGGAAAAAUGACCCUGACUGUCCGUUGAUUCCCCAUCUACAACACCUGUUCAGUAACAUCGUGGAGAUACACGAGUUCAACAGGAAAUUAUUGAUUGAACUACGCCAAGUGGAGUGCAACCCCACGGAGAUAGCCAAAGUUUUCCUUCAAAAUCAUUCAGGUUUUUCUGUCUACAACGAAUAUUGCACCAACUAUCCCAACACCAUGGACGUCUUGGGGCAGCUGCAACGGGAUGAGAAGAUGGUACCGUUGUUCAAGGAAAGACAACUCGAAUUGGAACAUGCUUUACCUCUAGGAUCUUACUUGUUGAAACCAGUGCAACGAAUUCUAAAGUACCACCUUUUGCUACAGCGUCUUUCAAAGCAAUGCGAGCCCCAACACACAGCAUCAGUGAACUUGGCUUUGACCACAAUGACAAGCAUCGCCACCAACAUCAACAACAUGAAAAGGAAGCACGAGAACGCCGUCCGAGUACAAGAAAUAUUAGCCCAGUUGUAUGGGUGGAGUGGCCCGGAUUUGACGACCCUCGGCGAGCUCAUCGCUGAAGGUACCUUUAAGUUAAUAGGCGCCAGAGCUAAGAGGCACGUGUUUCUUUUUGAAAAAGUCUUGCUGAUGGCCAAGAGGAAGGAAAACGGAGUACUGGUGUACAAGAGUCACAUUAUGUGUUCAAAUUUGAUGUUGGUGGAGCAAGUCAGAGGUGAAGCUUUGUGCUUCCACGUGAUACCGUUCGACAAUCCCAAGCUGCAGUCGACUCUGGUGGCCAGGUCGUUGAGCAAUAAAAGGGAAUGGUGCAUGCAGAUCAAACGGGUUAUCCUCGAGAACUUCGACGCCAAAAUCCCAAGCCACGCCAGGGAGCUGGUUAUGGAGUUGGGACAAGAUGUGCACGAGAACGGUACUGAUUCACCCAACGACAAGUGGUCGACGUACAAACCGUACUCCACCCCGGAUUACUUGGAGAGACGGUCCCGCGUACGUAAGUCACGAAACCUGUCCAAUCGCCGGGCCUCCUCCCAAGACAGGUCGUUCACGUCGCUGAGCAACUGGCGGCGAAAGUCUGAGCCCGAGAUGAUACCUCAGUACAACUCCAAGACGAUGCCCAAGAGGAUUUCGCAAAUGAAGAAGGCCAAGGAGGUGGUCACCGCCAAAUUCUACACAGAUCUCUACGACUCCGAAACCUGUGAUAAUCCCAAUGAGUCGAUGGAAAGCCUGCCAGAGAACAUGACUGAGUCCGAGCUCGAUGUAUCCCAAAAGUCAGAGGAACGCAGCGAAGAAACAACAAACCUGGAGAAGAUCGUGUCGGAACUGCUGCAGCAGAGCAGACCGGAGUUCAACAAGUUGUUAAACAACCAACCACCCUCAAGACCUCGAAGGACAUUAUCCAGCGACCCGAGUUCGACCAUUUGGUACGACGAUAGAUCGAAACUACCAAGCAAGGCGGAUUCGUUGCCUCGCUCGUUCCAAUUGAACGACCAAAUCGACUCCGGAUCCAAAGUGGCGGAGUGUCGAAACGAGCAGCUCAUUCUGGACCAGUCAUUGAAAGAGAGCCCUAAUGAUGGCGGUGAAGAGCAGCAAGAGAAUGAUCUCUCAUCUCAACUAGAUGACAACGAGCAUCCAGAACAUAAAAUAUACAGGAAGAGUCAAAUAAGGCUGAGUGUCGUCCAACGAAUAAAGAACCUCAUGUUUGAGGAGCAGAAAACGUCACAAAAGUCCCCCCGCACCUACAAGCAAGGUUCCAAAAGCAUGGGGGAGAAAAUAGCCAAUCCGGACUACGAGGAUCCCCAGAAACUGUUCCUCCACUCGAGGAAUUCCAGUCAGGUUAACUUGACGUCUGAAUCACAAAACGAGGUAGACUGUGACUUGGGUGAACGCGUAGAACUGGACCUCUCCAUCAACGAAAACGAUGUACUUAAGGAGAUUGAGAAGCGACUCCAAACUAGUACGAACAUAUCAGACACGGGACAGAUAACGAUUAAUAACCAAUCUAGUCAGUCAGAGGAAUCAUUCACAAAAUCAAAAUUUAAUUCUAGUCAAAAUUCAGAUAGUUAUUAUGAAUCCAUCCUGGACAAAAGUCUUACGGAGGAGUACGUCAAAGACAGCAAUGGCAAAAUGGUCAUCAAAUCCGACAGCUUUAGUAGCAACGAAAACAAGUUGAUCUAUCACAUGAAAUACAACAGCUUAAAAAAUGUCACCGUGAUCAAAAAGGACAGUUUCUUGGAGAACAAAUCGUCGUUCAAGCGACCCACAAAAGCCCCCCCACCAAUACCAGCAAAACCAACAAUAAAGGUCUCAAAUGGUACAAAUGAUUUGAAUAGUAAUUGUAGUAAUAAUUCUUCAGAAGAAAAUAAGUCUGAUAAGUUAAACUCCACGGAGACAAUAAAUAAUUCCAGUAAUAUUAGUUGUAACAGAACGUUCUUACAUAAUCAAAAUGGUAGCACAAGUGUGACCACGACUAGUUGGGUCAAAACAGUUGUAAACCGAUUUGAAUGAUACUUGUAAAAUUGUUGAUUAAAGUUCCUACAUGUAAGUAUAUUUUUAAUACCUACAUUUGGAAUACAAGAUCAACAAUUGAUGUUUUGAAUGUGCUAUAACAUGGCUGUUUUUCUAGUAUAAUUGUUAUGUAUUAAAAUGAACGUUUUACAUUAUGAACUGUACAUAUUUUAUCAUACUGUAACUUAUACUUCAGAAAUUUUGACUAAUAAAGUAUUUUAGUAAGUCCACAUAUUAAGUAUCAUAAUGAUAUCAAAUAUAUACUUAAAAGAUUUAUAUGUACAUGAGCGUAAAUUAAAAUGUGCCAAAUAUUGAAUAUUUUAAAUAAUGUUUAAAUUAUUGUUGAAAAAUAGUUAUUAAUAAUAGUUUUGUAAAAACGUUACAAAUUUAAAUAAAAUAUUA